AUGGACAAUCUCGACAAUAAGACCAUUUUUGUGAUCGGUGCCAAAGGAUUUCUUGGAAAGAUUAUGGUGGAGAAAAUACUAAGAGUUCAUCCUAACGUGAAGAAACUUUAUAUUCUUUUACGAAGUGUGGAUCAAAUCACGGCUUUUAAACAUUUCUAUGAUGAGGUUGUAGAGAAAGAAUUGUUUAGAGUGUUAAAGGAAAAAUGGGGUGGAGAUCUAAAAACCCUCGUCUCAGAGAAGAUUUAUUUGGUGCCCGGAGAUAUUUCAUACCCAAAUAUGGGAUUAAAUGAUUCAGAUUUAUUGGAAGAGAUGAAGAAUCAAGUGGAAAUAAUCAUUAAUUUUGCUGCAACGACAAAUUUUGAUGAAAGAUAUGAUGUAGCAUUUGGUACCAAUACAUUGGGAGCUAAACAUGUUGUAAACUUUGCAAAGGGGUGUUCUAAUUUGGAAAUUCUCGUCCAUGUAUCCACCGCUUAUGUUUCAAAUCAAAGGGAAGGAGUCAUCUUGGAAACUCCGUGCAAAUUGGUCGAAUCUGUUGAUGGUACUUCGAAGUUAGAUAUUGAAUCGGAACGAAAAAUAAUUGAAGAUAGCUUAAGAGAGCUGAGAAAUAAUAGAGAUAUAAAUGAAACCACGAGGAGCUUAGCCAUGAAAGACUUGGGCACAAAAAGGUCAAAAAUGUAUGGAUAUCCAAACACGUACACAUUUACCAAAGCAAUGGGCGAGAUGUUGGUUAAUGAUAGAACUGACAAUCUUCCUUUGAUCAUCAUGCGACCGUCCAUAGUCACAAGCACUUAUAAAGAACCUUUUCCGGGUUGGAUAGAAGGUUUGAGGACCAUAGACGGCUUUAUUGUUGGGUAUGCUAAAGGAAAGGUAACACAUUUUCCUUCUGGUGCUGGCUCAAUCUUAGACUUGAUUCCAGCCGAUAUGGUGGUAAAUGCUAUCAUCAUGGCAAUAUCGGCACAUAAACUCCGACCAUCUAAACAUACAAUUAUAUACCACGUAAGUUCUUCAAUGAGAAAUUCUAUAAGUAAUAUUAAUUCCCUCAAUUAUAUUCUCAAAUACUUUACCGAAAAGCCAUGGAUCAACAAAGAUGGAAAGGCCAUCAAAAUUAAGAAACUCACUUUAUUCAACGACAUGGCUAGCUUCCGUCGAUACAUGACCCUUCGCUACUUGGUUUUUCUAAAGGGUUUCGAGUUUGUGAACAAAGCAUUUUUUUACUCAUUCCAAGACAAGUACAAUGAUCUUCAGAGAAAGUUCAACUGGGUGAUGCGACAAGUUGAGCUUUAUGACUCGUUUCUAUUCUUCAAAGCCAGAUUUGACGACACCAACUUAGAAAAAUUGCAAAUUGUUGCGCGAGACAACAACAUAAAUCCAAAUACAUUGCUUUUGGAUCCUAAGGAUAUAAACUGGGAGGAUUACUUCCUGAACAUCCACGUUCCUGGACUUGUUAAAUAUGUUGUCGAGAAGGAAUUGUUUAAAGUGUUAAGCGAAAAAUGGGGUGGAGAUCUAAAAACCCUUGUCUCGGAGAAGAUUUGUUUGGUGUCUGGAGAUAUUUCAUCCCCAAACAUGGGAUUAAAGGACUCAAAUUUAUUGGAAGAGAUGAAGAAUCGAGUGGAAAUAAUCAUUAAUUUUGCUGCAUCAACGAAUUUUGAUGAAAGAUAUGAUGUAGCAUUUGGUACCAAUGUAUUGGGAGCUAAACAUGUUUUAAACUUUGCAAAGCAAUGUUCUAAUUUCGAAAUUCUUGUCCACGUAUCCACUGCUUUUGUUUCGAAUCAAAGGGAAGGAGUUAUCUUGGAAACUCCGUGCAAAUUGGACGAGUCUGUUGAUGGCACUUCGAAGUUAAAUAUUGAAUCAGAACGGAAAAUUAUUGAAGAGAGUUUAAGAGAAUUGAGAAAUAAUCGAGAUAUAAAUAAAAUUAUGAGGAGUUUGGUCAUGAAAGAUUUGGGCACAAAAAGUAUUAGGGCAAAAAUGUACGGAUAUCCAAACACGUACGCAUUUACGAAAGCAAUGGGCGAGAUGUUGAUGAAUGAUAGAAUUGACAAUCUUCCUUUGAUCAUCAUGCGACCAACCAUAGUCACAAGCACUUACAAAGAACCUUUUCCCGGUUGGAUCGAAGGUUUGAGGACCAUUGAUGGCUUUAUUGUUGGGUAUGGGAAAGGAAAAGUAACACGCUUUCCUUCCGAUGUUAGCUCAAUCUUAGACUUGGUUCCAGCCGACAUGGUAGUAAAUGCUAUCAUUAUGGCAAUACUGACACAUAAACUUCAACCAUCUGGACGUACAAUUAUAUAUCACAUAGGUUCUUCAAUGAGAAAUUCAAUGAGGAUCGACACUUUGUUCAGUUAUAUUCACCAAUACUUUACGAAAAAACCAUGGAUGAAUGAAGAUGGAAAGGUCAUCAAGGUUAAGAAAAUUACCUCAUUCAACAACAUUGCUAGCUUCCAUCGAUACAUGACCAUUCACUACGUCUUUCUCAAGGGUUUUGAGUUUGUGAACAAAGCAUUUUGCUACUCUUUCCAAGACAAGUAUAAUGAUCUUCAAAGAAAGUUCAACUGGGUGAUGCGACAAGUUGAGCUUUACAACUCGUUUAUAUUCUUCAAAGCCAAAUUUGACGACACCAACUUAAAAAAACUGAGAAUUGUUGCACGAGACAACGGCAUAAAUCCAAAUACAUCGCUUUUGGAUCCAAAGGAUAUAAACUGGGAAGAUUACUUUCUGAAUAUCCACGUUCCUGGACUUGUUAAAUAUGUAAUGAAAUGAUU